CACACAGGUGAGCACACUCUCACUAGAAAAACUCACGAGCACCCGAUGGCAAAGAAAAUGAAACUGAGUUUAGUUUAGUGCGUGUCAUGGGUACCUGGAAUAGUAUACAAGGAAAGGUUAAUAACGAAGAUGCUGACUGUGUCUCUGCUGCAAAAAUCUCUGAAAGCCAAACAGAACAGGGCACCAGUUGGACAGUGGUCAGCCCCAUCGUCUUUACUUACAAGGUGACUGAGACCCGGCACUUGCUGGACCCGAGCAACGACACCCUCCUGCUGGGCCACAUCACCGACCCGCAGCAGCUGGAAGAUGUUAAAAAAUCAAACAUGCCAAUCAAACGCUUCGUGGUCGUUGACCAAGAAGUCUACAAAAUCUACGCUCCCAAGCUAAUUGAAUAUUUAGAGGCCAAUAAUGUCCUGUACAAGAUGUUGUCUCUACCCACCACUGAGGAGAAUAAAACCAUAACAAUGGCCUUACAGAUCCUAGAGGAGGUCAACAACUUCUCCCUUGACCGCCGCUCGGAGCCCAUCAUUGCCAUUGGUGGCGGGGUGUGCCUGGACAUCGUGGGCCUGGCGGCCUCGCUCUACAGGAGACGCACACCCUACAUCAGGGUCCCAACCACGCUGCUCUCCUACAUCGAUGCCAGCGUGGGUGCAAAGACGGGGGUUAACUUUGCAAAUUGCAAGAACAAGCUGGGCGCCUACGUUCCGCCGGCCGCGGCCUUCCUUGACCUCUCUUUCCUCCAAACUGUUCCACGACGACACAUCUCCAAUGGGCUUGCAGAGAUGUUAAAGAUGGCCUUGAUGAAGCACAGAGGCCUCUUUGAGCUUCUUGAGACACACGGACCCAUGAUGUUAGACACCAAAUGCCAGGCUGCAUCACAAGCGACUCGUACAGCCAUUGUAACCAUGCUGGAGGAGCUUGCCCCCAACCUUUGGGAAGAUGACCAAACAGACUGGUGGACUUUGGCCACCUUGUCAGCCCAUCAUUAGAAAUGCAUACAGAAAGUUCUCCCAUCUCUGCUGCAUGGCGAGGCAGUGAACAUCGAUAUGUCGUACAUGGUUUACGUGUCGAAGGAGAGCGGCCUAUUGACGGAAAACGAAAAGCAACGGAUCAUCAGCUGCAUGGUGGGCCUGGAGCUGCCCGUCUGGCAUGAGGCGUGUACCAUGGAGCUUAUACAGAAGCCUCUGCAGGAAAGGCUGAAGCAUUCGGGAGGCCUGGUCAGAAUGCCUCUGCCUGUUGGUCUUGGGGGAGCGGUGAUUUCUAAUGACACGUCUUGUGAGAUCCUGCACAAAGCGUUCGUAAAAUGGCGUGAGGAGCUGAGCGACGGCUCUUCCGACAGCAACUGAGUCUGAACCUGUGCAUCAGCCGCAUCCGUUCGAUAUCCUUUCAGGAGAAAAUGUUUCCACUUUGUCAGAAGGUGUAUGAAAUGUAAUUCUUCAAAGUGAUGGGAAAAGAAACUGCAAGUAAGUUGAUAGAAAUGUGUCACAGGCACACAGCAUGUGCUCCUACUGUCCGCAACGCAGCAAAUACUCACAAUAAUAGAUGCUGCCGACAUUGGCAAUUCAUUUCAAAGUGUGUAAAUUAACCCAAUCAAAGUAGAUUAAGAUAUAUAUUUUAAUUUGUUAUUGGGAAGUAACAAGCAGCGUGCCAACUACUCACUGAUUAUGGCUCUUACGUAUAUUUGUAUGCAUCCUCAUUAAAGAUGUUUACUAAUUAUCAAA